CGGAGUGGGAGUGUAAAAAUGGCUGCUGCUGUCAGGAUAUUAAAUCUGUUUCGACUGAGAAGUUUCUGUUGUUUAUGUCCGAUGUUCUGCCUAAGAAACACCCGUGAAUUAACAUGUUUGCUUGUAGCUUUUUGUGUGUUAACGAGCCAGGUGUUGGCAAACGACCAGGACCAGGAGGACCAGGAAUUUUUGAAACGGGAAUAUUCUUUGGCAAAACCAUACCGUGGUCUGGGUUUCUCUAGUUCCUCACAGUGGGAUCUGAUGGGAACUGCCAUGGUGACACCUGAUCAAGUGAGACUUACACCAGACCUGCAGAGCAGACAGGGGGCUGUGUGGAGCCGAAUCCCUUUGUUUUUGAAAGAUUGGGAGCUCAAGGUGCACUUCAAAAUCCAUGGCCAAGGAAAGAAGAACUUACACGGAGAUGGACUUGCUAUCUGGCUGACCAAAGAUCGCAUGCAAAAUGGUCCUGUGUACGGCAACAUGAACCAGUUCACUGGACUUGGGAUAUUUGUUGACACAUACCCAAAUGCUGAGAAGACCCAUGAUAGGACUUUCCCAUACAUAUCCAUGAUGCUUGGAAACGGGACCUUGCCAUACGACCACGACCGUGAUGGGCGGACCACUGAGCUCGGUGGAUGCUCAGCGAUGGCGCGCAAUGCAGUUUACGACAACUUUCUUCUGGUCAGAUACUCCAAAAAUAGACUGACGCUCAUGGUGGACGUAGAUGGAAAACAGGAAUGGAGAGACUGUGCUGACGUCACAGGAGUCCGGAUACCGAUGGGCUACUUCUUCGGUGCCUCCUCCGCUACCGGAGACCUGUCCGAUAACCAUGACAUCAUCUCCAUGAAGUUGUACCAGCUGACCAUAGAGAGGACUCCAGAGGAGGAGGAGGAGGAGGAAGAGGAGGUCACCAUCCCCAGAGUUGACAACAUGAAACAGUUUAAUGUGGAAGUGGAGGAGGAAGGAAUGAGCGGUGUCCAGCUCUUCUUUACCCUCCUCUUCUCAGUGCUGGGCCUGGGUGUGCUGGCGGUGGUCGCAAUUAUUCUUUAUGGCCGCUGGAAGGAAAACAAACGCAAACGCUUCUACUGAGAGCGGUGGAUCCAUGCAGGUCCUCAGUCUGCGUUGUCUUCAUCGAUGUGCACUCAACAAAGACCACAUGAUUGAACAGACUGAACCAACAGCCUCGUGGAUCUGACCCCUGUGUCUGUGAUGAACUGGUAAAGAGAUCAUGAACAGCUGAGCCUGAUGUAAAGUCUUUUAUAUUUUCAAGUUUUCCACAUGACAUGUGAUCAGGAGCUUCGGUGGAGAAAAGGGUUUUUAUAUAUAUAUAUAUAUAUAUAUAUAUACGUAUAUGUAUAAUUUUUUUUUUUUUUUUUUUUUAAGAAAAGAAAUUUAUUCAUCUCAAUUUACGUAGAGUGGGAUUGCUGUAUCCCAUCUGCACUGAGAACAGCUGGAAAAUCUGAUUCUGUGACACUUACCGAUACAUUGCAGGGUUCUGGAGAGCAGAGUCCAAAUGAUGGGGGCAGGUUGGACAUCUCAGAAUGGACAGAGACAGUGAGGGAUACUAGUGAUGGAUGUGUAUUUAACCAUAAACCAGUCCUCACUGACUUAUCCAUUUGGUUCCUUUCAUAUCGGAUUAAACUCAUUUAGCAUAAAAGCUCGACUCCAUGUUAGCUCUUCGGCAGCUCGCAGUCACAUUUUUGCACAAGGUUAUUUUCAGCUGCAACUUCACUACAGACUCUUUAAAAUGAUCGAUUAUAAAAUCAUCUAGAUGUUUGAAGCUGCCCCUCUCAUUUGUACACCCUUCACCUAUAGAACUAACUCAGGUCGGCAGAACGUUGCACAUUGUGUCGGUACCUUUUACUUCCACUUCAGUCUAACUUGCAGCUGCUGUGAAGACCAGUGGAUCCGUGUGGACGUCCUCUGGUUGCACUGAAAAAGUCUAGUUGUACUGAGCUCCUGUACAUAUGAGCUGGGCAGGAAUUUCCGGCAGCCUACAGAGCAAAUCCAGCCAUGUUUGCUCUUUUUAAAUGUGCCAUUGAUGACACAUGCAUGAUUAAAGAAGAGAUUAAAAUGACCUGUGCAGCUCAAAGCAUCAAGCUCUGAUUAGUUAAAGACAAGGUGACUUUAUGUUCCAAUCUUUCUGGAGCUUUGAGCUCCCAUGAAGUGGUCAUUGUUGUAUAAGGCUGCAUUUAUUUUCUCCAGCUAACAGUUCCCCAUGGUGAUAAGCUAUCAGGAAGGUUUACCUACCCAUCCUGGGCACCAGGUAUCGGUUUUGUUCCAAUUUUCAUGUUUAGGGCGCUGAAUCUCACCAGACCCUGUCAAUAAAUAAUUUUUCUCAAUCAGCUAAUGAAUUCAUGAUCAGAAAGCAUUAGAUUUCUGCUUUAGCACACACUGUGAACUUAGCAGCCAUCUGCAGCAUCAGAUAAAUGCUAGUAGAGUAAACCGAGUCUGUGCAAAUGAAUUUUUACUGUUUUGUUGAACCUGUAACAACUGGUGCCUUCCCACUGAUGUCACAUGGAUGCAGCUGUGGAACAUUUCACCUCAGUAAUACUUUAUUUUCUAUAAAACAGCUGUUUGGUUCGGGAGGUCAUGGGGAUUUUUUAGGUUUAUCUCUAAUGAUUAAUUGAAUUUUGGAAAAGGUGCUGCUGGGCUUUGUUUCUGUAGAGGUAGUGUCAUAAAAGUACUGCAAAUGUGUUUAGAAAAGCUUACAAGACACAGAAAAUGCUGAACUAAAAACAAGCUAGAGAACCAGAGACUUGCUGCAUCCAUCGGACAUAAAGGGCUUUUCAUCCGAGUCUUUUGCACAGAAGACUUUUGACUUGUGAUAACAUGAUGUUAUUGAUUCCUUAUCAGCAGGAAGGAGGGGGGUUCACUCUGCAAAGGUACAUUUAUGAGUUGGGUUAGCAGCAGUACAGCUGGACCACCAGGCUGAGAUGGAUACUCGGUGGGUUACAGACAUCUAGUUAGCAAACCUUUUAUGUUGUAAGAUUUUGUAGUAAAUCGUGUAUCCUUGCAGAGUGAAAUCCACUGUGCAGGCAUCUGUCUUCACACUUGUUUAUGAAAAGUUGAUAUUUCUGGUUGAGUCGUACACCGGUGACCUACUGUUCACACCACGAGCAUCAAGAGUAGCCAACAAAAAUACAAGUAUUUCAUGAAAAUCUGUAGUUUUUUUAUAGUUUGUACCUUGAAGCUGAUUCACGUAACACCAGCACUUACUUAAAUAUGUAUUUGCUGGUGUAUUUAGGAGCCCAUUGGCUAAAAGGUUUACCUUCAGGUAAUGUGUUGGUGUAAAUUCUCAGUCGUCCAAUUCAUGGUAAUCCGAGGAGUCUGACUAAAAGAAACUUUACAUGUUUCUCUUAAUUCUUGAAGAUCUUUAACCUCACAUAACUAGAGACCUUAGCAUGUCUUAUUUCAAUGUUCCUUUUAGUCUGAUAAGCUGAAACUCCCACCAAGUUAGCCCAGUUAAGAUCAAAGAAGCCUUUCAGAUGAAAGGUAAAACAUCUUCAGGACCAAGAAAAGUAAGUCCAGUUGAAUUUAUUCAGUCUCUUAGGAUUACAAGAGGUAAAGUAGAAAAACUUGAAUGUGCUUGUAUUGCUUUUUGAAUGCGCUGGAGCCAUAUCAGCCUUUAGUCACCUGUUAUUUUCUUGGUUAGUUACUCUGUAAGCGAAACCUGCUCAGAGUUUUCUAGUCAGUGUUUGGUAGGAGUGUAAAUCCCAAGGUUUGAUGUUAGCAGAUAUUCCACCAUGAAAUGAUUCAGAUUGGAUGUGAGCAAGGAGCUGGUGAUGGGUGUAGUUUGUAGUGUUACUGGAGUGUUUGUCUUUAAGAGGCAUUGCUUACACACACACCAUGUUUGCCAGUCGACUUGAUGUCUUCUCUCCAAAAUGUUUCCUCACCGCUGAUUUUCCUCCAAGAGGAGGAAGAUAUCUUCAUCUUCUUCCUUCAUUCUGCUGUUAACUUACAAACCAGCAAACUGCUAAAUUCAGGGAGAUCUGAAAAUGGAAAGCGCGGCUUACAUAUGAUUAAUGUAUUCUUGUCUGACUGAUGUUGGCUCACUGAUCGAUGUUACAUGUUUCUGUCCUCCAGUGUUUUUCAGUUUUUCUUGUCUUUGUCGUAGCUUGUAUGUUUAAUAUUGAGCCAUUUGUUGUAAUCAUUAGUCAACAUGAGCUGAUCAGUCCUGUAGUGAAUGAUUUGAAUGAUGAUGAUCAGCAGGUUUUAUUCAAAAAUCUAAACCCUUGUCAGAAAAGAAGAUGAAUGAAAAACACAUUUUCUUCAUGCUACUGUGACUUAUUUUCAAUUAAAAGGUCCUGUUGUGAUUUUC